AUGUCAUCAAUAGCACAGCUUAAGGGCCGGUGGGAAGAGGCCGAGCAGCUCGACGUGCAGGGCCGGUGGGAGGAGGCCGAGCAGCUCGACGUGCAGGUAAUAGAGACUCGCAAGACGAAGCUCGGCGAGGAUCAUCCCUCUACGCUGACGAGUAUGGCCAACCUAGCAUCGACGUACCGGAACCAGGGCCGGUGGGAGGAGGCCGAGCAGCUCGAGGUGCAGGUGAUGGAGACUCGCAAGACGAAGCUCGGCGAGGAUCAUCCCGAGACGGGGGAGUACGAACUUGGCUAUGAAACUAUGAAAUGA